ACUAGAGUUUACCGAAUGAGGGCGGUAAAUCGAUCACCGUAUACUAGUACAGUAUAGGUUUUGAAGUGCAGAAACGCUGAAAAUGGCCGUUGCAGUUAUCAAGGGCCUGGGUAAGUUGGCCAUAGGGGCUGGUGCCGUGUACGUGACUGUGGAUCAAGGCAUCUGGAGUGCGUCACCCGAGGGCACCAGCACUCUGCGCAACCUCACCGGUGCGUACAGCAUCCCUAGCCGGGAGGAUUAUCUGCAGCAGAUGCCGUCAGCCAAAGGGAUUGUGACACAGCUACAAGAAGGCUGGAACUCAGGUGUCAAGAGUACAUUUGCAUACGUAGCAGCUGCACCUGAGAAGGUUGGAUAUCUAGCCAGUUCAACCAGGAGCUGGUUUGUGGACUCAACUAGCGGAAGCGAUAAUUGAUAAACCAAAUGUGCAUGAACAUUUCAAGGCACCCUUGUAACAAAGAUCUUCUUUGGUGUGAAGCUAUGAUUGCAACCACGUGUGUAGCCUAGAGUUUUGGUUUCCAAAAUCACCCUCCUUACACCAGGAUAUUUUGAGUGGCCGUUGUUAAACUUUUGAAGAAAAUAAGGGAGAUUGCCACAACAACUACUUCAGAGUGGAUGUUGCCAGCAUUUACUGUGUAAAUUGUUUAAUUAGACUGACUGGAUAUUUUUUUUUGAGAGCUUUUGGUACUCAACUGUAGCAUGAUGUAAAAUGUAAAGAGAUGCCCCCAAAAACUACAAAUCGAAAAAUACGACAGAUUCUUCCUAAAACACCUGUGCCGGAGGAGAAACCUUGCAAAAAAAGUCGUAAUGCCAAAAAUGAAAGUCAUGUGUGCGAGACCUGUUCAAAGGAAUACACGCGAGUGAGUCGGUACAGGGCCCACGUGAGGCUGCAUACCGGAGAGCUGCCCUUUGCGUGCAGCUCUUGCGACAAGCGUUUUCGCUGCGCCGAGAGCCUGAAUACCCACAAGGCGGUCCAUUCCAACGAGAGGUCAUUCGCGUGCGACCAGUGCAGCAGGAAGUACAAGACCUCGCACCAGCUGCGGAAGCAUCAGCGCCUGGUGAGACUGGCUGUCUCCAGGGGUGAGCCCAAUGACCACAGCCCAGUCAAGUGCAAGCUUUGCUCCUUCCGCAUCAUGUCAAAGAGCGAGGGGCGGCGGCACGCUCGCACACACCGCAAGAAGCAGCGCCCCUACGUCUGCAGCUUCUGCAAGGCGCGCUUCGGCCAGCUAGAGGAGCUGGGGAGGCAUGAGCGAAAGCGGCAGUGCCUGGCCCCUGCUGAUGGGGAUGCACCUGCGGAAAUCGAGGACUGCCGUAAAUGCAGGAAGAUCUUUGGAGGUGGCAGUAGCAGCAACACCGACCCACAGCAGCAGCUGAAGAUGGCCUGCCGGCUACAGCACAUCCACCAAAUUCACAGCUACUCCAAAGCCCCACGCCACCAGACCUGCCACAGGUGCGGUGAGAAAUUCACAAGCGGCCGGAGCCUGGGCAGGCACCUGGCCACACACUUUGAGAUUGAUCUGUACAGGUGCAACUCCUGUCAUACAGAGUUUAAAGACAAGGCAAGCUACAAAGAACAUGACUGUUCAAAAAUGCCAAACGCUUGUGGAAAACCUAUCCUGGUGGUGAAGUUUUUGCCUCAUGUUGCAGUUCGGGAACCUGAUGUCUUCCUGCCAACAUCAAUUCUUGAAAGUGAACAAGGAGCCAUUAACUCUCAAAUCAGCCAGACUUUUGAUCUGAUGACAUCCUGAAUGAAAUGUUGAACUCUCAAACAGUAAUGAGGACUGUUUAUAGAACAUAACAAGCUUCAUGAACAUUGGCUUUACUAGUUUUUCUAAAAAUGAUACAAUGUUACUUUAGUUUAAACAGAUUUACUCCGAUUCUCUGAAGGAUUUUUUUCAGCAGGGAAACCGGAAUAAUCCAAGUCCAACAUUAAAUAGGGACCCAUUGACUGUGUCUUCGUCCUGCAACUUUCAAAGGCCAUCUUACGCCAAGAAAAUUAACACCUCAAAUCCUUCAAAAUCCUUCAUGCUUGCUGGUGGAUAUUGGAAUGAAUAGGGCUCAGGUUGAAGUACACGCAUUCUCAAAUUGAACAAGUCGUAAGCCAUGAGCAUGUUCUUUGCAGCAAGCCAGUGGACAUUUUGUGAAAGUUUUCAAAUCAUUUCUUCCUCAUAAAUGAUCCUGUCAAUAUAGUCAUUUUGAUGUCGCCAGAAAGAGAUAAGGCAGUCUACACAUAAAAAUGAUGCAUGUAAGAUUUGCAAAAUGUUACCCAAAACUCUAAUACCUUUCAGUGUUCACUUCAUCUUUGUUUUUAUUGUCCACGCUUUGCUGUCCGGUUCUCCUGUGUACGGUAGUUUUGCAGUAACUGUUGAUUCUGGAAUGAUUUGUAAAAAAAUUACAAAGGUAUAAGGUUGUUGAA